GCCCUCACUGCCCCCCCCCCCGAGCUGGGGGGAACCCAGGCGUCCGGGGAGCUCACAGAAGGCCCCCCACAGCACGUGCCUGCUGCUGACACCACCCUGCCCCUUCCCACUCAUGGGAAAAAGACCCAGGCAUCCAGGGGCCCCAGCUCCACCCCCCAGCGCCUCCCAGCUGCCGAAACCCCAGAUGUCCGGGUCCUAGCCCCCCUCCCGCCGGCGGGGCUGGGGGGUUCUGCUGGAGACCACGGCAGCCCCCAGCCCCGUCUUUAGGCUUCAGCGUUAACAGCCAGCCCCGCAAUCCCCGGAGCGGCCCCGAUCCUGGCUCUGACCGCCCCCCGCUCCUUUCCUCUCCCCACCAGGAGCCGAGCGGGGGACCCGGGAUGGCGGCUCCCCUGGGGGCCGCGGUGCUGCUCUCGCUGCUGGCUGCAGGCCGGGCGCUGCGCUGCUACCAGUGCGUGGGCAUGUUUCAGGAGUGCGUCCAGGCCGAGCAGCGCUGCGGGGCGCGCGACCGCGCCUGCUUCUCCUCCUCCAUCCGCCUCUUCAACACCAAGGAGAACCAGAGCGGGGUGGUGAUGCUGCCUGGCCUGGAGCAGGCUGAGUACGUGCUGAAGGGCUGCUCGGGCGAGAACGCGGAGAACCGCACAGCCAAGGUGUACGUGGGCGGCGAGCGUGAGGUCCAUGACACUUACUUCUGUGCCAGCGACCUCUGCAAUGGGCCCUUCACUGGAGUGCCAUCAGCGAGCGCCCCACAGCCCAACGGCAUGGCUUGUUACAGCUGCUUCGACCGCGGCACCGGGGACUGUGCUCCCGGCAAUGCGACCCCCGUGCCCUGCGCUGGCGACAUGACGCAGUGCAUGGACUUCACUGUGACGGAUGGUGCCUGGCACCUGACCUACCGCACCUGCGCGCUGGAGACACUCUGCCGCCAACAGUACCAGCUGCCCCAGCUCCAUGGCCGCCUGGACAUCAGCUGCUGCUCCACCCCCCUCUGCAACGAUGGACGCCCAGGUCUGCGCAGCCUCUGCAGCCACUUCUCCCAGCAAGGCCCUUCACUCCGGACCUACAGCCACGGUGCGCAUCUCCCACCUGCAGGCACCAGACGGCAGCCGGAGAACGGGCUGCACUGCGCCAGCUGCUGCGAGACCGGCCAUGGUGAGUGCGGCACCGGGAACUGGAGCCAGGUCGCAUGUCGCGGGGCACAGGCCAUGUGCGUCAACGUGACAGAGGCCGGGAGGACGCUGGUUCGAGGCUGCUCCCUGGAACGUCUGUGCCACGAGCGGCCGCGGGGGCUGGGGCUGAGCCGUGGUGCCGCCGUCCGGUGUUGCGAGGGGGCCCUGUGCAAUGGGGGAGAGGAUCCCGGCGCCGGGCCCUCCUCGCUGCUGCUCCUGUUGCCGCCCCUGCUGGGCCUGAUCCGCCUGCUGUGAAAGGUCCCGCCACAUUGCAGUAACACAGACAUCUCACCCCACCUGGACCCCUCAGCUCCAAGGGGUGGAAAUAAACGUUGGGGGAAGCC